GUCUGGCCUGAUGUUGCCGAGCGGUGGGGAGGACAGGGAGGGGAAUGUAGGAUAGCCCCGAGUGAGAGAGAUAGAGAAUUGGAAUUCUCACUUCGCUAGUGCAAGUGUUACUGUGUGUUGUUCGUUGUGUGUAAAAUUGUUAUUCCUAUGGUAGUGUCUGAUAAUAGUGCGAUGGCGCAUGGGAUUAAGCAAGAGUGGGAAGAAGGGACAGUGCCACCGACAGAAAAACACAUCAAAUUAGAUGAGAAGAAAGGAGGAAAACCCGACAGCAAAGGUAUGAGCUCGAGACGGAUUUUCUCACCUCAGUUCAAAUUGCUAGUGUUAAAUUCGUAUCGAACUGAUUCAGACUGUAAAGGUAAUCAAAGAGCUACAGCGAGAAAAUACGGAAUUCACAGAAGGCAAAUCCAAAAAUGGUUACAAAUGGAAUCAAACUUAAGAUUAACCGUACAAGCUGUAUCAGAAAAUAGAGUUAACAAAAGCGAGGACGAAGUGGCCUUGAACCUUAGCUCAGCCAGACAGCGCGACGACAGUGCCCGUGCUGAGAUUGGUGUGGCGGGUUGCCUGCAAGCGCCUUCCUCUCCCAGCCCCAGCCCACAACCAGACCAAUCCUCAGCUUCAGACACAGAAGAGAUCAACGUCGACGGCGAUUCUGGUUCCGAAGAUGAAGUUAGUAGUAUUGACUCUUAUGACAGAAGUGACCAAGCUCUGGAUUUUACCUGUGCAGCAUUAAGUAAACGCAGAUUUUAUUCUACAAGUUUUAAGCUUCAGGUACUUGAUGCAUUUUACUAUGACAAAACCUGUCAUGGGAAUCAAAGAGCUAUUGCAAGAAAAUUUGGAAUUCAUAGGAGACAAGUGCAAAAGUGGCUGAAACUAGAAAACAGCUUACGCAGUGAAAUCGGUGAGGACUGCUUGGAUUUAACGUGCAAAAAACGCAAAGCUGAAGAAGACUACUCCGACUUCAAAUCAAAGAGGAUUUCCCCUGGCUGCUGCACCACCUUGUGUUGUGAUGAACGGAUUGAAGUCACAAGCUCCUGUCAAGAGACGGCCCUAUGUCUUGUCAAACCGCGGACUCCACAAGAGGUAUCUAGUACGAUGGACUUGUAUACUUAUCAAACAUCUCCCCCUUUAUGUUACUUGAGCCCCACUGAACUACCUACUUAUGAUCCACACUAUUUUACCAUGUUGGAGUACCCCUUUUUAUCCUUCUUACCCCAUUGAACAUGUUCCUAAAUGGUUUAGUCAUGACUACAGUGAUAGUCCCAUAAAAGUUUAUGGAAUGUACAGGUGAAAAUUAAAAAUCUUGUUUAUUAUUAUAAUUUUACUGAUGUGCCUAUUAAAAGUUACUUCAAUCUGUACAAUAUCCUAGUAGUUUUCUGUACUGUCUUCUUAUUGAAAAUACGUUCAGUUUGAUUUUCAAAAUGGUCUACGUUUUCAUUUUUUGAUUUGAUUAAAAAAAUAUGGUGGAAAUACAAUUGAAAUAUUAGAGUUCACAAAUACAUUUAUAAGACACAAUUUUAAUUAUUUAUUUUAUACGGGUUAGUUACAAAAUAAAUUGUCACAAAAUUUUCAACACUUACCAUUUUUUCAUUCAGAUCAUUUAAUUUUGGUUAGUAAGCCUAUUAUUUGUACUAUUAUGUUUACCAGAUAUAUAUGUCUAGAUUUAUGACAGGUUAGCAAUUGACAACUGGUAUUUUUUGAGUGUGUAGUCUAUUUUCAGGUAAUGUCUGUAAUAUCUAUAGAUUCAUUAUUUUCUUCCGAGGACUGAAGGUUAUUCAUGAUUUUUUCUGCUAAACCAUAGACUCUACAUUCAUACAUACUUACUUCUUAAAAUUAAUUACUUGAAAUUAAUAAAUGACAGUUUUCAAUUAUAGUCGGCAGCUUCUAGGAAGUGGUGGACAAGCUUUAAUUUGGCUCUACUAUCGGUAUUGUUAGUCUGAUUUCAGUUCUUGCUACUGCCAAGUACUACUAUACUGAAUAUUUACACAAUAAUUAAAUUCAAUUAGUAAUAACAAUAAUAGUUAUUGUGUAUGUAAUUAUCAGUUAUUUACCAGUAGUUUUGAACAAAAGCUAACUUUGAAAACACAUUUUGGAAAUGGCUAGUCAUGUUUGGAAUGUCAUUUCAAAAAACCUCGUUUAAUUAUUUAUAAAAUUUGAUGAAUAGAUAAAUAAAUAUAUAUAUAUAUUUUUUUUUUCAAAACAAAAUAUUGUGCCUUAAAAAGAAGAUAAAAUUCUGUUUAGUUUAACUUUUUUAGUUUUGAAUAUAUAAAUAAACAUGAUUUUUACAUAUUAAUCACCUAAAAACUGCCAGUCCGCUGAAGAAAAUGGUCAUAGAUGCAACAGAUAUAUUAAACUUUUCAUUAAUCUCUCCACCCCAAUUUGUUCCUUUUAUACUGUAAUUACUUAAUCUUCCUUUUAUUAGUGUUCAUAUGUUAAUAGAUACUGUCUGGUAGUCCUGUUUUUAAAAGAAAAACAUAAUUUUAAAAAUAAUAGUUCAAAUUUAAAUAUGCAAAUGUUUUUUCUGUUGGCUUGUGUAAUGUUUUGAGAUGUCCUUCAUUAAAUUAAUAGUUCAGAAUUUGUAUUCAUAUAUAGUGAUAAUUAAAUUGCCUAUUUUACGUGCAAUUAAAUUUCAACACCUUAGGCUACUUAAAUCUGUAUUACCAUACAAAUUAGUGUAAAACAUAUAUUUAUGAGUAACUUAUAAUAAGGCCUAAAAGGGCAAGUUGCAAACUAAACAAUUUUGAUGUUUAGACUAAUAGGAUCAAGAAAGAACACUGUAUAUAUAAUAUACAUAUAUUUUGUUUUAUCUUAAUUUUGGACAUAUUAUAAAGAACGACUUAAAAUUCAAGAAUAAUGUAAACCAGAUAAAUUAAUUAGUUUUUUGCCUUCAUUUAUAUUGAAAACAGGGUUUCUCACUUGAAAUACUGCUUCUUAUCGAACACAGAUCACACUAUACACUAAAAUAUUAUUUAAAUAAACGGUUUAAGUAACAGGGUUUUAAGACCAAUGGUAAUUUUGAUUGAGGUCAUUGAAUGUUAACUCAUAGAGCCAUGAGGUUUGGGGAUUUAAAAAAAAAAUAACACAAAAUUAUCAAUUUUGGCUGAUGAGUUUAUUUUUCUUCUUCUCUACUCUACUGCAUCUAUUUAAAACUUCUCGUAUGUAAUACAGUGUAACAAACAGGUGAUUUUUAAGUGAGGUUGAAUAAGUGAAGAAGUUGUAAAAAUAGUUUGCAUUGUAGAAUCAUCCAUAUAUAUGUUAACCAUUAGUGUAGUUAAACACGUAAAAGGUGUAUCAUAUAUUAUAUUUUAAUGUGGAAGAAAAAUUUUUACAACUAAUCACUUUCAGAUUUAUUCAUAGACUAUAGAUUUAAUUUACUGAUACAACAUUAAUUUGAACGCAUAAUUGAACACUAAAAUGGUUAAAUUAUUCGUAUAGAAUAUAUUCUUAUUUUUAAUUGGGAAUAACAAGUAGUAUAGAAGAAAAUCUUCAUUAUUUUACUUAUUUUUUAUAUUUGGUAAAAUUAAAAAGAUUUAAAUGGCAAAAAUUAUUAAACCUUGUAGGCCUACAUUAAUACAUACUACUCGAUUUUUAUAUUUUGUUUAUAAAUAGCUUUUUGCCUUAGUUAAAUUUAUUCUCAAGGUUGUCAAUAAAAUAUUAUUAUAUUUAAAAUUAAUAGGCUACAAAUAUAUAAAUUUGUCCUUUAAGCUAAAACCUUGUCUACCAGGUAAUUAAUUAAACAUUUUUGUUAAACAAAUUGAAGUAUCAGUAUAUAGUGUUCUUUCUUCUGAGAGUGUGUAAUGUUUUAUAUUAGAUUUGUAUGUUAUGAAAGUGCCUUAAAUGAACUAGUGCUCAAUGCAGGUGCCAAUGUAGUAUUCUUAGUGACUUGAAUCCAGUGUCUUCAAAGAUCAAGUAUAGCAAAGAUAGCAAAGUGAUAGCAAAGAUUCACCAGAAGAUCUAGUUGGCCUAAGAUUAAGUUGUAGACUCAAUCGUUUUUACCUAAGUAAAAUAAUGUUAGACUUAAUGUAUUAAUGUCAAACAUUAAAUUAAUGUUCAAAUUGUCUGAUUUUGUGGUUUCUCUUUAUUGUGUAUAUUUAAUCAGUCCAUUUAAUGUGUAUAAUUUACAAUAUUAUCAAGGCUAGAACUCAAACUACACAUGCAUUGAAAGAUGUAACUAUCACAAAUAAUAUUUAUGUGAUGUGUUUUAUAUGUUAAUACAUUAAAAUAAAAGUUAAUAUAGUACCCUAUAAUAUAUUUGUGGUAACCAAAAGUUUUUCAAUUUAAAUGCAGCUAAUCAGAUGUUCUAUUACAAGACACUAUAGUGGAAUCAUUUGUCAUACAAGUGUUAUUAUUUAUUUGAAUAUCAUUCAAUGAAAAAUUUAAUUGAAUUGAAGGAAGUAUUUUUUUUGAACAAUUAAUAACAAAACAGUUUUAAAGUUUUCAAUGAAAAUAGUUUAUGCACUAGUUUGUAAUUGUGGGGUUUGAACAACACUGAAUUUGUUGUUUUUACCUACUUAUGUAAAUAAGUUUUAUUAACAAUUAAAUAAGUAGGUUUUAAAUAUUGUAAAAAGACAAAGGAUUCAGUGUUUUCAAAUUCUACAAGUUUCUUGGAAAAUAUUUAUAACACAUUUAGGAUUAAAACAUGUUACAAACUCUCAUUGAAAUUCGUUUGUGAUAUAAUAGCUUAUGUUGUAGCUAUUUAUUCUUUUUAAAUGUGUUCUCUAGUUUAAAUGACUUCCACAUUUUUACAUUUAAGAUAUCAGAAAAGUGUAUCAAAAUCAUGAUAUUCACUAUAUUGUUGAAAAUGAGAGCGAUAAUCAUGGCAGUUUGUUAUAUUUUAUUCAAAUAACUCUAUUGAGGAAAUUUUGAUGUUAUGUAUUGUAAAUUAAGAUUUUAUUUUUCUAACAAUUGUUAAUAUUGUACAGGUAAAUCCCUGCUGUUCAGUAGUGCUAAGUAAUAAUGUUUAGACAGGGUAUAUUUAAAAAAUGUUAAGUUUAUAAAAUGUACAAUAUUGCGCUUUAUCUAACUUAAUAUAUAUUUUAUACAUA